UGGCGAUGACCGACCGCUGCGUCCGACACGGGACCUCUAUAAUCCCCCCCGUUUGGCCAUGACGUUCUUCUUUCCCGUGUCUGGAAAAAGUGAGAGAACAUCACUCUGAAAACGGAUGCAGACGUAGUGAAUCCGAUCUUCUGUUUGGAUAAUAAUUUUCCCAGCCUCUAAGGAAACCCCGUAUCAUCUUAUACCAUCUGUGGAAGCCUAUUCAGUGACUUUCAUAGGGACUCUAGACAUUUUUCCAACAUGAGCGGUCUGGUCGGAAAACUGGACCCACGGAGGAUACAAUGGAGGUCGACCUGGAACACUUUCACAUCCCGGAUUCUGAGGACCAAACCGGUGGAGUCCAUGUUGGAUUCGGCGAUGUCCGGCACAGGCGCUCACGGGACAAAGCUGGCGCGGGUGCUGUCGACGGUGGACCUGGUGUCUCUGGGGGUGGGCAGCUGCGUGGGCACGGGCAUGUACGUGGUGUCGGGGUUGGUCGCCAAGGAGAUGGCCGGGCCUGGGGUCAUAGUGUCCUUUAUAAUCGCAGCUGUGGCCUCCAUACUGUCGGGCGUGUGUUAUGCAGAGUUUGGCGUCCGCGUGCCUAAAACCACCGGGUCGGCCUACACUUACAGCUACGUGACCGUGGGCGAGUGCGUGGCCUUCUUCAUCGGCUGGAACCUGAUUCUGGAGUAUCUGAUUGGCACAGCCGCGGGGGCGUCGGCUCUCAGCAGCAUGGCCGACUCGCUGGCCAAUCACAGCAUCAGCAACUUCAUGAUCUCACACGUGGGGGCGCUGCACGGACUGGGUAAAGGUGAGCAGUCGUACCCUGACGUGAUCGCCCUCCUCAUCGCUCUCCUGGUCACUGUCAUCGUCGCUUUGGGCGUCAAAAACUCCGUGGGCUUCAACAACGCUCUGAACGUUAUCAACCUGGUGGUGUGGGUCUUCAUGAUGAUCGCCGGCCUCUUCUUCGUCAACGGAGAGAACUGGGACGAGGGCCGCUUCCUGCCUUUCGGGUGGUCUGGGGUGAUGCAAGGGGCAGCCACCUGCUUCUAUGCUUUUAUUGGGUUUGACAUCAUCGCCACAACAGGAGAAGAGGCAAAGAGUCCCAACACCUCCAUCCCAUAUGCCAUCACAGCGUCGCUCAUCACCUGCCUCACCGCCUAUGUGUCGGUGUCGGUGAUCCUGACCCUGAUGGUGCCGAACAAUGAGAUCGAUGCAGACGCUCCUCUCAUGGAGAUGUUUGCGCUGCACGGCUGUAUGUUUGCUAAGUAUAUCGUAGCGGUCGGGUCCAUCGCUGGACUCACCGUGUCUCUGCUCGGGUCUCUGUUCCCGAUGCCCAGGGUCAUCUAUGCCAUGGCGGGGGACGGGCUGCUCUUUAAGUUCCUGGCUAACGUGUCUUCGUACACAGAGACCCCGGCUGUGGCCUGUGUGGUCUCGGGCUUCCUGGCGGCGCUGCUGUCUCUGCUGGUCAGCCUCAGAGACCUCAUAGAGAUGAUGUCUAUAGGAACGCUACUGGCCUACACCCUCGUGAGCCUCUGUGUCCUGCUGCUGCGUUACCAACCCGAGAGCGACAUCCAUGGCUUCGUCAACUUUCUGUCUGAAGAACAGAGCAAAAAACGCAAGGAAGGAGUGUUGGCUGAAUGUGAAAAAGACGCUUGCUCCCCUACAUCUGAAGCAGACGAGUACGGAGGCGCGCCGACCAACACGUGCGGUGCCAAAAACCUACCUUCCCUGGGCGACAACGAGAUGCUAAUCGGCAAACCUGAUAAAAACGCUUACAAUGCUAGUCACCCCAACUAUGGAACUGUGGAUAUGACGACCGGGAUUGAGUCGGAGGAGACGGAGGCGGGAAUGUCGAGGAGGUUGAAGAAGCUGAUUGGGCCACGUUACUACACUUUACGGAUCCGGCUGGGUUUACCUGGGAAAAUGGACCGGCCGACCCCAAGCACCGGGAAAACUGUUACAAUCUGUGUGCUGCUGCUGUUUAUCUUUAUAUUCGCUUUCUGCUCCUUCAUCAUUUUUGGCUCCAGCAGUAUUGAAGAGGGUGCCUGGUGGGCGUUGCUUCUUCUGAUCGUCUUCAUCUUGGUCUUGGCCAUCCUCAUCAUCAUCAUCCUCCAGCAGCCGGAGAACCCCAAACGUCUGCCCUACAUGGCCCCCUGCGUCCCCUUCGUCCCUGCGUCGGCCAUGUUUGUCAACAUCUACCUCAUGCUCAAGCUCUCCGCCAUCACCUGGAUCCGCUUCUCCAUCUGGUGUUCCGUAGGGAUCCUCAUCUACUUUGGCUACGGCAUGUGGAACAGCACUCUAGAAAUCACGGCCCGAGAGAACGAAGCCCACGCCUCUACGUACCAGCGCUACGACCAGGGCGUGGACGAGGGGUUCUGCGGCUUCGACGACGACUUCUACCCCCCCGCCACCGGAGACUCGUGUGACGGCCAGCAGGGGGGGCAAGACAGCCAGACCAAACCGGACCAAAGCGAUGGGACAAAACCUGGAGGCAGGACCAUAGCAAAUCACGGACUGGCGGAAGAAGACCCCUUGGAUUUCUGAUUGGACUGUGUCUCUCCUGAAUGUACUGCCUCGUGUGCUGCCUGUGGGAUCAUGGGGGAGGGGAGAGGUGUGUGUGAGUGUGUGUGAGUGAUGGUGUAAGCAUGCAUGCAUGUGUGUGUUGUUCUUUGUGCGUUUAACUGGCUAUGGAGGACCAAAAAUGACUCAAGUAAUGUAUUAAAAACCUGGUAAAGC